AUGGAAUACACGCCACCACCCACAUACAACUCAAUUGACGUGGAAUCAAGCGCCAAGUCAUCGCCCGCUGGCCAAACCAAGCCAUUGGCCUACUCUUGCGCUCUAUGGUUGAUUACCAAUGUCAUCGCAGGAUUGAGCAUACAUUAUUACAAGUCAGGAUCACCAAUUACUCUCGCUAUAACAAUAAUUACCCUAUUGAUGAUCUUCUACAUUGUAUAUCGCAUCGGAAGUGCUCCAAAAGAAAGCACCCGCUGGAAUUGGAGUUGCAUAACUUACCUUCCAGCUUUACAAUUGUUCCUUUUUAUGCUCGUAUUUUUUUCGAAUAAAGGUCUUAAUCGCUGGUUAACGGUGUCUGUGUACAGUGGGGGUUUGAUGUCUGUCAUCUUGGGCUAUUGUUUCAUGCAGGGUGUAGAGAACUGGGAUGCAGAUACUUUAUGGGAGCAGCAUAAUGGACAUAAAAUCUACACUGCUCCUCUUCUAGUAAUUGCAGGAUUGCAUCUUACAGAUCUCUUACCUGGCACGUGGAUUAAUAUGGCUUAUUUUGUGUACUUUUCCGUAGUGCUUGCAUUGACUACAAAACACAUAUACACGAAUACUGACAAUGAACGGAUUCUUCCAUAUAAUAUGCGUAUCAAUGCAAUCACAGGGCUCAUGUUUUUGGCCUUAUCGUCCAUCUGA